UUGAGCUCUAGUCCAUAUCUAAUUAGCUCUAGUCCAUAUCUAAUUAGUUCUAGUCCUUAUCUUAGCUUUCCUAUCUCUAUCUAGAUAGUAGAUACUAAUCUCUGCUUGUAUAUAAAUACCAAUUUUUAUGAAUGUAACAUCUACAAGAUUUUCCAAAAACUAUUUCAAACAAUGAAGUUACAAAGCCAUAAGUCGUGGAAUCUAGUGGCCGGCAUCAUCCUUCCGGUCAUCACUUUGAUCCUCUCGGCUCCUCUCGUCCGCUACGCUUUGUAUCAUUUCAUCAUGCGUUACCACCAGUGGCCAAGUACGCCACGUGCUGAGACACUCUUCAGCGUCUCUCUCCUCGCCGUGUUCCUUCUCGGCAACGCCGCUAUGUUUCUUCGACCACGACGGCUCGGCUACUUCUUAGUUGUUGUCUUCUUCAUCGGCUUUGCUUACGCCGGUGUGUACGAGAUGCAAAGCCGGUGGUUUUCUCCGACACCGAUGUGGUUCAAGGGCGAAUAUGGUGUUGGUGGACAACGUAAAUUAGAACGAUACCAAGUGGUUAAGAUAGAACAAAGUCAAGGACGCUUGCCAAGAGUUCAUUUACGGUUCGUUGACAGCUCUUACUUACCACGGUACGAUAGGAGGUUGGUACCUCCCAUUGAGGCUGGAUGCUGCAUGCGGCCAGGGGAAUGCGAACUAGAGACGGUCAAUGCAACAUUGCACAUUACAAGAAAUCGUGAAGGACCACCGUUGGAAACGGCACUGAUCUACGGUCGUUACGGUGGCACUGCAGACAUAAAGGAUUAUUACGAUAUGUGGAGGCACGAGUUGAGUGUGUUGUACUAUGAUUGCAUGACAUGUAAAGUCACGAUCAUUAAGUCUCCACGGCUGCGCAAAUGGUGGCAAUUUGGUGUUUUCUUUUCUUCCCUCACCUCUUUGUUUAGAUAACAAAUUCAUCAUAAUUUUCGG